CCGUCCGUUCGUGCUCGGGGCGGCGGCGGCAUUGCCGGGAAGCGGGGCACGUUUACGGGACGAGGCGGUUACGGUCUGCGCGACCUUCGGCUCCGCUGCGGGCGGGGCGGCCGCUCCCCGCAGAGCGAUAUCAGCCCCCGGCUGGCACCGCACGGCCCAUCCAGCUCCGCCCCCGCGGUCCCACCCACAAACGCCGUCCGCGCUCCGGCGCCUCCCGUGCUCCCUUCCGACAGAAAGGAAAGAGUCGGAGCGGGCGGCGCAGCUUCCCGCGGGCGAACGGAGCCCGAUCCCAGCGCCGCGAGCCUCGGACGCCCCCUCCGUCCCCGUGCAGCCCCGGCACAGCUCAGCCGUCCCGCGAGGAGCAGCGAUGGAGAGCGGCCCGCAUGGGGACAACGGCGCGCUGCGCGAGCUCGUCACUGAGCAGCCGCCGCAUUUUCUGCGGGCGCGGAGGAACGAAGGGCCGCGGGAGCUGCGGCUGGUGCUCGUCGGGAAAAGCGGCGGCGGGAGGAGCGCGACGGGGAACAGCAUCGUGGGCACGGCCGCCUUCGAGUCGCGGUUGGCCACGGCAGCGGUGACGCAGAGGAGCUCGAUGCAGAGCGUAACCUUGAAGGGUUACGACGUGCACGUGGUGGACACGCCCGACGCCUUCGACUCUCCGGAGCGCAGCGCCCGGUGCUGCCGUGAGAUCGCCCGCUGCGCGCUGCUGUCGGCGCCGGGGCCGCACGCGCUGCUGCUGGUGACGCAGCUCGGCCGCUUCACGCAGGAGGACGAGGCUGCCGUCCAACAAGUGUGGCGGCUGUUCGGGAGCGGCGCCGCCGGCCGCACCGUCGUGGUCUUCACGCGCGGGGACGAGCUGAGGGGCGGCUCCCUGCUGCGGUACGUGCAGGACACCGGCACCUACGCGCUGCAGAAGCUGCUGCGGGACUGCGGGCAACGGUGCUGCGCCUUCGACAACCGGGCGACCGGGAAGCAGAAGGAGGAGCAGGUCGGGGAGCUGCUGGCGAUUGUGCUGGAAAUGCUGGGGGGGGACCUGAACAACUACUACCGGAACGGGCUCUACGACAGAGCCGAGCAGCUCAUGGAGCGCCCAGACAUCGACUUCGAGAAGAAAUGCGAUCUCCUGGCCGAGGACGUGGAGAAGCAGCUGCAGGGGGGGUGGCACACGUCGUUCCUGCAGUGGCUGCAAAGCACCCUGGUCGUGCAGUGGCUGCAAAGCACCCCGGUCGUGUGGCGGCUGCUCAGCAUGCCGUGUUCACGGCGCAUCUUCUCCUGCUGCUCCUGCAUCCUUGCAGUACUGCUGUCCCGCAGGCUCUUAUGGUGCUGGCAGCACACGUACCGCAUGCUCUCAAGGUGCUGGCAGCAGCUGUGCGGUGUGUUCUCAUGGUGCUGGCAGCAGGGUAGGUCGCUCUACAACCGCUUUGUGCAUUAGCCAGCAGAGCUGUGCUGUGCCGCCUUUCCCUGGUAGGCACACUGCAGUGCUGCCCCACAAAACACGUGGCCUCUUUCCAUGUAAUGGCACUGUAGCCCCUCACAGGCUGCUCAUCUCGGCAUGAAUACAACAUCACAGUGUGAGCCA